GAAAAUUGUAUUCGAUUCCUUAUGUGUAACUCCCCCUAUUUAUUUGUAAUGGCAAGUUGGGGUGGCUUUCGAGGAGGACGAUCACGUGGACGGUUUUCGCGUGAACCGAACAACCAUCGGUUCGGUAGUUCUUACAGCAAUGAAACACCUUCGCAACUAGUUGAAAUGGGUAUUUUCCAACACCCUUGUGAAAAUGAACUAGUUUGUAAGAGUACCAACGAAAAGAUCCCAUUUUUUAAUGCUCCGAUAUUUUUGGAAAACAAGACACAGAUCGGCAAAGUCGAGGAAAUAUUUGGUCCCAUUACAGACGUACACUUUACUAUAAAACCAGUUGAAGGUGUUUUGGCUACUUCUUUUGGCAUAGGAGAGAAAUUCUUCAUUGGGACGGAGAAGUUGCUGCCCCUUGAAAGGUUUUUGCCCAAACCCCCUGGCAGUAGUAGUGGUAGUAAAAGUGGAAGAACGCCACAAGGCAUACGAAAACCUAGUGCUUUUGGAAGAGGAGGUAGAGGAGGAGGUCGUGGUAGAGGAGGAGGAGGAGGAAUGGGUAGAGGAAGAGGAAACUUUAGAGGUUCUUCUCCUUUCCACAGAGGAGGAAGGGGACGUCGAAACUGAUCAUAUUUUAAAGAUAGUAUCAUAAGUGUUAUUAGCCUUUAGAACUCUAUGGAAGAUACCCAAUUCUAAGGCUACUAACCUCUAGUAUUCCUUGUUUCACAACCACUAUUCAGAUUUGAAUAGUAUUCGAACUAGAAAACCGAGUAAAGUGCGUAGCUUCCAUGGAAUAUCGCCCUUCUUUGUUCCUCGUAUGAAGUAUUAAAGUGCCGUCAAGCAAU